UGAUGAGAAACAAAAGAUGGCAACUUGGGAGGGUGAUUUUGUCAUCUACUCUCUUUCUCUCUCCUCAUUCACUCUCUCUUCCUCUCUUCUUAACAAAUGCUCAACAAUCCCACUGUUCUUAUUUUCCUGCUUCAAAUUCUCAACAACAAGAACAACCAGAACAAGAACAGAUAGCCAUAGCCAUAGCCAUAGCCAUGGAGCUUUCUUCUGUUCAUUCUCGCUCUCUAAAGCCAAACCCAGAUGAUGACAAUGAUACCAAUCUUUCAACCCAGCUCAUACCAGAAGCAACUUCCAAAAAAAGAAAGGUCCUGCAAAAAACUGUGGUUACUGUAAAGAUUGGGUCUAAAAAAGCUGCAAUAGGGGUAGGGAAGAUGAAGAAUGAAGGCCCUCCUCCUGAUUUUUGGUCUUGGAGAAAAUAUGGUCAAAAACCCAUCAAGGGAUCUCCAUAUCCAAGGGGUUAUUACAGAUGUAGCACAACAAAGGGCUGUUCUGCAAAAAAACAAGUUGAGAGAUGCAAAACAGAUGGUUCAAUGUUCAUUAUAACAUACACUUCAACCCAUAACCAUCCAGGUCCCAACAUCUCUACCCUUAAUUUGGAUCAAACUCAAGAACAGAUUCAACCACAGCCGUUGGAUCAAGGUCAAAAUCAGGAUGUUCAUCCAAUUCAAGGGCUAGAAAAGCAAGAUCAAGAUCAAAGUGAAGAAGAAGAAGAAGAAGAAGAAUUAAGUAUGGAAGAGGAAGAAGAAGAAGAAGAAGAAGAGGAAAAGGCAAACAAGACAGAAGCGGAAAAUCAUGAUCAUUUCUUUGAUGAACUUGAAGAAUUGCCAUCUCCUCAACCUUUCUCAAGCUAUUUUUUUGAUGAAAUUAGGCUAAUUUCUGCUGCCCCUUCUUGAUUUUUGUUUAUGUUGUUCUAAGUUCAAAAGGUUUAGAGGGCUAAAUCUGAGUUGAAGGGUUCAAAUUUCCGGUCGUGUUGUACUCGAUAUGUGAAUAUGAAAUCCUAAACCAGUUUCUAUUCUCGAUUAUCUUUAUUUGGUAA